GGACAAGUUGUGCUCGGCACUGUUUGCCACGCGAAAGGCGGGCGGAGCGCCACAAAUCGUGCGCCGCGCACACGUUCUAGUACCGCAGCUACAGAUAGCACCGCGUAGCGGCAGCCCCAGCAUUCAUGAGGGCAGCCCCAUAGAGCCAUGCGCCUCCUACCGCUUCUCGUAGCUGCGGGCGCCGCACCGACCUGUCAAAAAUGCGGUGUGAAGAGAGAGGACGGCCAGAUGCCGGACUGGAACUGCUGCUGGGCUGGAGGCUCGUGGCACGGCAAAUGCUCUGAGAGCGGGCCGUACACGUGGCACGACGGCUGGCAUGAGUGCAAGGAGCCGAACGACGCCGAACGUAGGAGAGCGCACGGCGACGCGCAGGGGCAUUUUGGAAGAGGCAUGAGCCGCGUCUGUCCCCACGCGUCUGCCAGAGUUGUGGACGGUCCUCUCGGUACAGGUAUUUCGGUCGUGUAUGUCGUCUACGGCGCUUCUGGCGGUGAGGCGUCUUCCAUUGAAUUCUUCGGGAAGCACGGUCUCGACGAGAUGACGAAAAUCGACGGCGGGACUUCUGUUCAAGUGUUGAGGCCUCAGCACCUGGGCGCGGAGGUCGUGGCGUCUCAGUCAUCAAAAUUGACGAAGGCCAUCUCUGAUUUAGAGAACGUUUGUAGUCAUUGGGCGCGCUGCACUACCCAUGAAUAUGCCGGGUCGAAACUACGAUGGCUCGCAGUGGCAUCAGCGUGGCGGCGGACGCCCGCGUCGUCCUACGUACUUUGUACGAGUCGUGUGAUGGGGCCCGCCUUGCCGACGUACUACACGGGCGCCGCCUGGCCUCGAGCAUUAACCUCAUUACUGGACAACACGACGUCGCUGGUCGCCACUGCGUUACGCGUGGACGGCUGCGACGUUAGGGUAGACCUCGCGAAAGGCGUCGUGGCCCUGUCGGCGUCUCUCGUAAGGCAACUGCUGGUGGCGGGCCCCGACCGCCUCGAGUCCGACGUCGUGAGGAUGGUGCGGGAUGGGCGCGAAGCGCUGAAGACGUUUGAACCAGGUUAUGAAAGGGUAGACUGGGACGCGUUUUGGAGUUUAUGUGCGUUUAAAGGUACACCUCGCCUGCCAAAAGAUGCUUCAUCAGCCUUCGCGCAGCUGUUCGCUCCGCAAAUGACACCUCUCAGCUAUGCGCGGGACUGGCAUUCAAAUGGGAGAGAUAUCGUCGCGAAGCGGCGCUGGAAGGGCGACACUCUUGUGGUUUAUGCCUAUCACGAGACGCCCGACGCCAAGGCAAACAUGGCCUACUUUCUUCGAAAUGGCCUCCGGAACUUGAUGGCUCAUGUGAUCAUCGUGGUCAACGGGCCCUCUUCACUGAAAUUCCCUCAGGACUCGGACCGGUUCAAGAACACGCUGCGGAUCAUACGGAGGGACAACUCGUGUUUUGACUUUGGUUCGUGGGGCGUCGCCCUGGCGGACGCGAGGAAGCGGCUCCGACUGGUCAACGUCAUCCUCAUGAACGCGUCGGUGCGGGGACCGUUCCUGCCGGCCUACGCGCAUACAACAAACUGGGUCGACGGCUUCCUGGCGCUGCUGCGGGGCGACGUCGCUUUAGCUGGACUGGCCGUGAACUGCCCAGACGGAAAAGGCCGGAAAUGGCCGCACGUCAUGUCCAUGGCCAUGGUGCUCGACGAGCGGGCUUUGCGGAUCGCGGACGACCACGGUAUAUUUGCGUGUGCGUCUUCUUAUGACGAGGCCGUCGAGCGCGAGGGGCGGCUCUCGAAGCUCGUGCUGGAUGCUAAGUUAAACUUGGGCACGAUGCAACACAACUAUCACUCGACAGACUGGCGUAAAGUGCUGCCGACCGUGGAACACGCGGCGCUCGUGCCCAAUAGUGCCAACUUUCCCAGCUGUCCUGGCAUUGAUUUAGAUAUAUUCUACAAGGAAGGAUGGCAUUCGGGCUCCACCCCACAUCCGGUAGAAUUCUUGUUCUAUAAGACCAAUAGAGGCGUCGGCGCCGACGCGGUGGAGGCGAGAUCAUCGCCGCGCUCGUCGACAAAACGCGUUUUGCUGGCCUCGCACAACUUCGACGGCGACGGCGCGCCGCGCUACCUGCUCCACGCCGCGGAAGUGCUGAAGCGGGACCACGAGUUACUGGCAUGGUCCUUCGAGCGCGACGGCCCGCUGCGGCGCGAGUUCGAGCUUCUGGGCGCGGAGAUCAUCCCGUCGCCGACGGACGAGGAACGGGCGCGACAGCGGCUGAGCUGGAAGGACGUGACCCUACAGAGCGUGCUGAACUUUGUAAACACCGACGUCGACGUCAUCGUCUUCAACACCGUCCUCUGGGCCAACGUCAUCGCGAGCGGCGACGGCCGCGUGCGCGGGUCGGGACCGAGGAUCAUGUGGAUUUUACACGAGAUGGAGAUCACGGAGCACAGCGUGCCGAGGCAUGAGAAGUUACGACUGCGUGGAAAUCAACGCGUCGAUGGCGUGGGGCGCCUGCAAUUUUAUUUCCACACAGGUUCACGAUGGGGACCGGGUUCUGGUACGGGCGCUGGUUCCCCGUGUUGCUGCCGGCCCAAAGGUGCGCGACGCUCGCUCGUGCGGACGCAAUCAUAUUCGUCGCCGACGCGCAACGAGCUUUGUGGUCGUCGUGCGAUCGGGGCACGUUCCACACGGUGCGGGGUCGACCGCACGCUCUCGCCGAGGAUGAUGUGGUCACGUUGCUCGACUUCGAGGCUGUCGCGGCCGCCGCGGAGACGGCGCUGCGCGAGAAGCUCGCCCUGGAGGUGAAGGCUCGGCCGCAAGUGCCGCCGGCCGCGCUCUUCAAGCCCGACGUGAAGCGCGCAUCAUCGACACCGAAGAAGAAAAAGAAGCGGCUGGGUCACCGCCACGAGCACCGGAGACUGACGUCGACUGCCGUGCGCGACGAGCUCGCGAUACCGCAGGACGCCUUCGUCCUCACCACCAUCGGCACGAUCUGCCGCCGCAAGCGCCAGAAGUGGGCGCUCUACGCGCUGCGCUACCUCGUGCAGAAGAAAAUAGAUGCAUAUUAUGUGCUCGUCGGCGCGCCGUCCGACAAAGGCGGCAAAGGGGACCCUGAGUACGUCGUCGAGUUCUUGAACAGUGUGCGGAAGUUCGACCUACAGAGCCGCGUGCGGUUGGUGCCGUUUGGCGUUUCUGUGGCGCCCUACCUGUCGGCGGCCGAUCUACACACGUCGCCGUCGUCCCUGGAAGCAUAUCCGCUCAACACGCUCGAAGCUAUGAGCCUCGGAGUGCCCGUCGUCGCCACCGCGGCCGGCGGCACGGAGGAGCAGUUUCCCCUCGGCGGUUUACGCGUUCAGUGCAGCUUUUGUCUCGUGCGGAACAUUUCUUCCUCCCGGGACUUCCUCGAGGCCAGCGCGCGGGCCGCUGCUCGCCGGGGCGCGCGGCUGCGCCAAGACGGCCAAGCCAUGCGCGACGCCGUCGCUGCGCCCGCCGCCGAGCGAUUUGCGACUGCGCUGCGCGAUGCGUUCUCGUUUCGACGACCACGGCCCCUCGUGUCUUUCGUGGUGCGGACCUAUUGGGGACAGAUGGCCUCCGCGCCCUUUACGCUCAAGAGGACUUUGCGGGCUCUUCGCAAGCUUAAUGAUCCGAGGUGGGAGGCCCUCGUCGUCCAAACGGACGCGACGCCGAUACCAGGGCUUUACCAGCUUUUGGCUGAGUUCCUUGACGCGAGGAUACGACCCGUUGUCUUUGAGGACGCCCCGGCGACGUCGAGCGGCGGGUACGAGGUUACCGAUAGAGCCCUCGCGCUCGCUCGCGCGUCAAAAUGGUUAAUUGUUACCAAUGGAGACAAUAUCUACGAUGCGAGCUUCCUCGCCUCGCUGAGUAGGAGCUCGUCGGAUCUCGUGGCCUUCGACUUCUACUCGCGACAUGUAUCUGCCAUGGACACGCGCUACCUGGGCGAAGGGUGCGAGCGCUACUUUUCGGCGCCGCAUGGAGCAUGUAAAAGGAACCUGUUGGCGGAAUGGCAUACCGAUCUGGGAGCGAACGCCAUGUCGGCGCGUCGCUGGGCGUGCGAAGGGCGGCGGUUCCUCGACGUCGACGCUGGCCCCGGCGAAGACCGCGACGGCAAAGUCGCGUGGAGCCUCGUGUACUGGGGCUGGGACGUGUCGCACGUGCGAAGCGGCGACGGGGGCUGUCUUUUUGAUCACAACCCGAACGCGCACGCGUGCGUCGCGAGCGGCGAGGACUGGGUCUGGUUUGAAAGGAAUAGGGAGUGCCUCAGGCGUGGCGCUCUGGAAGGCGUCAACCCGCCUCCCAUGUUUUACGAGAGCCCUCGCCUGCCGGCGGGGACGGAGGCGCUCCAGGGGAGGUGUGCGGACUAAUAUUAGUUGUGUUAAUCAAUCGACGCGAGCGACACAUAUCA